AUCUUGGAUGAGCGAGGCAAUAAUAAUGGCGAAUUUGGUUGCUUUUUUCUUCUUUCUCAUGCGAACAGAAUUGAACUGCAAAAUAAGUUUGUACCUAGUUAAAGUAAAUCCCUUCUACUGAACGUUGGAUUUAAAUAACAAAUGCGAAAGGUAUCAUGAGUGAUCGCACUUCAAGUUUCUCAGCAAAAUUGCUGAAUGGCGCUAUUGCUGGAUCAGUUGGUACAUGCUGUGUAUUUCCAUUGGAUCUUGCAAAAACAAGACUGCAGGAUCAGCGUACUGUUUCCAGAGCUGGUGGCCAGGUAGUGAAAAGACUUUACAAAAAUUUAUUUCAUUGCAUGUAUGUUGUUGGCAAAACUGAAGGCAUUCGUGGUUUAUACAAAGGACUUGGUGUUAAUUUAGUCCUAGUCAAUCCAGAGAAAGCAAUCAAACUAGCAGUAAAUGAUCAAGCUAGACAAUACUUUGGUGCAACAAAGGGGUCCUUCUUACCGCUGCACUAUGAAACAAUGGCUGGCGCUAUUGCUGGCAUUUGUCAGGUAACUGUGACCACGCCCAUGGAGUUUUUAAAAAUUCAGAUGCAAGUAGCUGGAAGAAACACAUCAGGGGAAGCGUCAGUUAGUGCAACACAAGUAGCUAUGAAUUUGAUACGUGAAAAGGGAAUAGGUGGAAUAUACAAGGGACUUGGUGCCACCUUAGCGAGGGAUAUACCGUUCUCAAGCGUAUAUUUUCCACUUUUCGCUUUUCUUAAUUCGAAGGGAUAUGGUGAUGAUGGCAAGAAGCCACACCCUCUUCACUCGAUGGCAUGUGGUCUGUUUUCUGCUAUGUUUAGUUCUGGACUUGUUACUCCCUUAGACGUCAUUAAAACUAGACUGCAAGUUCUUAAACGAAUGGAAGGAGAACCAGUCUAUAAUGGAAUUAUUGACGCAGCUAUAAAGAUCUAUAAGAAUGAAGGUAUUCCAGCCUUCUUUAAAGGUGCAGUACCUCGGAUGAUAGCAGUUGCGCCGCUUUUUGGCAUUGCACAGAUGGUAUAUUUUUUCGGCCUGGCGGAGAAUAUUUUCGAGCGAACAUCAAAUUUUAGAAAACGGAAGCAAAUAGACAAUUAGAAUGGUUUAUAAUAUUUUAAAUUUUAGAAAGAUUUUUUAAAAUACAUCGGUCACGGUCUUGCCUAGCUACUUAAAAUUGAAGAAUAGGUACAUAGGAAUCUGAUGCAAAACGUUUCUUUUAAGUUUUUUUUACGUGCUUGGUCACAAAUAAAUUCCCUUGCUUUGAUCUAUGUUUAAUUUUCUUUUUUAGGUUAGUGUAAAGGCUUAUUUCCAAUCCCGGACAAAAAAUUUUUUUUCAUAUCAGCCGCCAUCUUGAAUGCAAUGCUUUUUACAAUUUCCUCCAAUGUUUACACACGUGAUAUAUUUCUCGCAUUUUUAUUACCUAGAUAAGAUUAUUUUCGGAGAAAAUUUCAAAAUUCCGCCUAUUCCAUGAAAAAUUUCCGGAUACUGCUGUAAACAUAUUUUAAUGUGCACGCCCAUGUUAGAAUUUUUCUUAUCCGGGAAUUAUUUCAACAAUUAGAGGUCAGUCUUUAUCAUGACUCCCUUCGUUCAGUUGAAAUAUAAAGUAGAUAGAAAAUUAAAUUUGCCGUAUUUAUCUAGCCUAGUAUUUAUUUACCUAUGUGAAAUUUCUUUAAAAAUAAAAUAUAAAUCGUGGCUUUAUUCUCAAAA